AUCGCUACAGCUCAAUUCGGGCCAUUCCUCUUCACUAAACUUAUCGCGGGAAAGCUUCUCUCAGCUCGGACGCAAACCUACGUUCCCCGUGUCGUUUUCGUCGCAAGUGCGGCUCACCAAGGAAUCAAAGAGCUUGACUUCAGCAAGCUACGAUACGGCUAUCCUGGCGAUGAUGCUGGAACUGCAGACGUCUUGAUGCGUCGUUAUGCCGAAGUGAAAACCGCAAACAUGUUGAUGGCUGUAGAACUGUCCCGUCGCUCAAAGGGCCAGUUGCGCAGCUAUAGUCUCCAUCCAGGAAUGGUUGCAACCAACACGGUCGACAAAGAAGCUUUGUGGCCCGCAUUCCGUCAGCUGGACAUCGUCACCUCCGACAUGAAACCGAAAGAAAACGGAUUCGAGAGGUGGAAGACCAUUCCGCAAGGCGCAACAACGACCGUGGUUGCCGCAUUUGACCCUCGGCUGGAUGACAAGGCUGGUACAUAUCUGGUCGACGGCAACAUUGCCAUGAAGGAACAGGUAGCAUCUCAUGCUGUGGAUCCCGUAUGCUGUCUCCUCCUGGAAUAA